AUGUGCCAAGGUAGUGCUUGCAUUAAACUUUUUGCCACCUUUGUUGGCUUUCAGUCGAUCGAGAAACCUCUGAUCCGCCAGUUAAGCGAGCGCCAGCGUCGGGCCGCUCUAACAGCUUGCUUUGGAGGUGGUCAUGCCUUAGAUGCUUCGCCCGUUCUUGCACGUCGUUCCUCGCCCUCCUCUUCAACUAUCUCCGCCUCUGUUUCCUUGCUUUCACAUUCUGCAUCAGUUACCUCAGUGUCCUCUUCUCAGAAUUCCUCAGCUAUUACGCAUACCUGUUGUCCAAUUUCUCCAUCACCAUCGGACUCACUUUCUCCAUGUCCUUCACCGUGCCCAGCCUCUAUUUCUCCCUCCUCUUCUCCUUCUCUCUCUCCUUCACAAUCUCCUUGCCCUUCUUCAACAUUAGUAUCACCUUCGUCUCAGGCCACACAACUUCCUUUUCGCUCAGCUUUUCCCAAUCAGACAGGUGUAACUUCGAACGGGUCGGGAGUAUCCUUACUUCUUGAAUCUGCUCACUUGCCUUUGAUCAAUCCGACUUCUGGUAUAUCAACUAACUCCUCGAUUACGGCAUGCAUUGCUCCUCUACUGCUGUACCCUCCGACCAGCCCGCUAGUGACUGGAACUACUCCUGCUGCCUCUACAACUAUGCUCUCCAAGGAACAAACUCACUGCAUUUCUGCCUUAAAACGAACUGUUGCUAAUUCACCCAUGGCUUUACCGUCUGUUACCCAGGUCGGCGAAGGCAUACCUAACGAUGUCGCCGUCGAUGUGACUUGGUGGGUCGAUUCCACACACACUAGGGAUGUCAGUGUAGAGAGCUCGAGACUGGCUGCUGCAUCACUACCGUUUACAUCAUCCAGUCGUCCAUCUGGCCUUGUAAGUUCUUGA